AUGCAGUUGUCUGUUUUCGCCCUCUCCGCCGCUUUGGCUCUCCCCUUGGCCAAUGCCUAUCCCGUCAAGACCGAUGGUCUGCACUGUCGCUCCGGGCCCGGGACCAGCUACAGCAUCGUCAAGACCUACAACACGGGCACUGACCUGACCAUCACCUGUCAGACACCAGGCCCCGUCAUCAAUGGCGAUGAGCUGUGGGACAAGACCUCCGACGGCUGCUACGUGAGCGACUACUACGUCAAGACCGGCACCAGCGGCUACGUUGCUCCCCACUGCGGUUCCAGCUCCGGUGGAAACUUGCCCGGCUUGAGCGCGACUCAGUCCCAGCAUGCUCGCGAUAUCAUCGCUGAGGCCAAGCGCGAAGGUCUAGGUCUGCAGGGCUGCUCUGCGGGUAUUGCCACUGCUCUGGUUGAGUCGAGCAUCUUGAUCUACGCCAACAAUGCUGUUCCGGCGUCCCUGAACUACCCCCACGAUGCUGUGGGCUCAGACCACGACAGCAUUGGCAUUUUCCAGCAACGCGCCAUGUACUAUCCCAACAUUGCCGCGGACAUGGAUGCCGCCAAGUCUGCUGCUCAGUUCUUCCAGAAGAUGAAGAGUAUCAGUGGAUGGCAGACGAUGGCGAUUGGUACCUUGUGCCAGAAAGUACAGGUUUCGGCUUACCCUGAUCGCUAUGCUGCCCGUGCUGCUGAUGCUCAGAACAUUUGCAAGGCCGGUGGUAUCUAA